ACGAAUGGUUGUACGAAUGGAGUAAAUUUAUUAUUUUUUUUUUACAAUUAUUUAUUGUAAUGUCAAAUUGCUAUUUUGUUUAAUGUAGUGUUUCUUUUUUGUUUUGUAAUAAUUGAAAUGGCGACCCCUGGUACUAAAGAUACAUUACUCAGUAUUAUAGAUGACAUUGAACUCAUUGCAAAAGAAUUAUUUGAAAAUUUAAUUGCUCCUAAAGGACAAAAAUUAACAUCAACAGAAUUAUCUCAGCUUGCUGAGCUUUUGGUGCUUAAAGAUCAUGAAUUGAAAGCAACAUUAGAAGUUGCUACUGAGCAAGCUGAACUACAGAAAAAAAUUGAUGCUCUCCAACUUGAAGUAGAAAAGCAAGAUCAAGAUAUUCACCAUUUGCAAAAAUACUUGAAAGAAGCAGAGAAUUUGCUGGCUACUGCUGUUUUCCAAGCAAAACAAAAACUUCAGUGGAUUUCCAAGGGAAAUGAAAAAAGUGUAUUGGUGGAUGAUCUGAUAAAAUAUGCACAUCGCAUUAGCUGUUCCUAUGCCGUUGCUGCUCCACAUAAUUGGCAACCAGGUGAUCCUAGACGUCCCUAUCCCACUGAUAUAGAAAUGAGGUUAGGAUUUCUUGGUAGAAUGAGUGACCUGCCAUCAGGUGCAAGCAUGCUGCAGCAGGGCAAUUUGGAUAUGUCAGUAGCUAGAGGACCACAUAGUGAACAAAACCCAUCAUCCCAAGCUGGUACUUUUACAUGGCCUUCCAGUGAUUUCAAAAGCAACAUGGCAACAGCUAGUAGUCACGGUGUAGGAAUGGAUACGAAGUCCCACAAUAAGGAGAAUGAAGAUGUUGAGGUUAUGUCAACAGACUCCUCUAGCAGUUCUUCAAGCGAUAGCCAGUGAUAAUUGAAAAAAAUUCAUGUAUAUAUAUAUUCACUGUAAAAAGAAAUAUUUCAUGAGGAUUUUACUGCAUAA